AUGGAUCCGAUAAAGUAUAUAUUCGAAAAGCCUGUUGUUACUUGUAGAAUCGCCUGGUGGCAAAUGUUAUUAACCGAGUACGAUAUAUCGUAUGUGACCCAGAAAGUAAUAAAAGGGAGUGUUCUUUCUGACUAUCUCGCUCACCUUCCUGUCGAAGGGUACCAACCGUUAAGGUUUGACUUUCCAGAUGAAGACAUCAUAUUUCGCAGAGACUUCACUAUGCCAGGCUUCGAGGUAAGCCCUGAGGAAGGCCCCGAACCAGGAUCGCGAUGGACGCUCAUGUUCGACGGUGCUUCCAAUUCCCGAGGUCAUGCAUGUAUCUACAGUUUAGAGGCGGAAAUCGACUUGAGAAUCAAAAUUCUUGAGGUAUUCGGUGAUUCAGCUCUGGUAAUCAGUCAGGUGAAAGGCGAUUGGGAGACUCAGGAUAGCAAGUUGAUACCUUAUAAAGAGCAUAUCAGAAAAUUGAUGCCCUAUUUUGAUGAAAUCUCCUUCCACCAUAUUUCUAGGGAAGAAAAUCAGUUAGUUGAUGCUCUAGCCACGCUGGCAUCUAUGUCCAAAGUCAAAUGGAAGAAUGAAGCACCAUCCAUCCAGAUUGACCACUUAGACGAACCAGCACAUUGUCUAGCAAUUAAGGUUGAUCCUGACGAUAAGCCUUAG